CUAAAAUAAAGCCUUCAGUUUCUUUCUUUAACACUCCAUGUGGGAUUUAUCAGUUUUCCCUUGUACAUUGUUCAAGUAUUGACCAUGCACUGGAUUAUUCUUCCAAUUAAGAAAUCAGUUUUGAAUUGUUUCUUUUUUAUAGUCAGCCUUCAGCCUCUUGUUUUCAAGAGCUUUUCUGGGCUGAUUUUUAGCUUUUUUAAUGUAGCCAUUCAAGUCAUGCUUUUCUCCCACCACAGGAUUUAAAAUCUUUUCCUCCAGAAACUUAGGAGAAUGUUGGAGAGAAUGCCCAUUUUUCAUUAGCAUAUUUGUCACAAUCCCUCCUACUCUACUUCUAAACAUAUCAAUUCAGACUUCUUUUCCAUGUGAAAAAAGAGAGAGAGAGAAAGCAUUCAUUCAAUAUACACCUUUAAUACUUUUAUUAUCUUAUCAUUCAUCAACUCAACUGUUUCUCUAGCUGGCUUCCCAAUAAUGAUAUUCAAUAAUUAUUAAUUAUGUAGACACACAUGCACAUAAGAAUAUUACUAAUUAUGAGUAUGCAAAAUUGAAUAGUAGAUAUAUUUGUAUUGUAUUUGGGUUGCAAAAUAUCAGAUGACCAACUAAAUAACUGUUUUCUAGUGGCUGUUAGGAUUUUUUUUUUACAUGUAUAAAAACCCUAGGAAAUGAAAUGUGUUUUUCCCAAAAAUAUUACAACAACUUUUCUCUGAAUUCCUAACCAACAUAGCUACUAGCCAUCUCCAUGUGAGUUUUAGCUGCAACACAUCUGGGAAGACCAACUUGGGGAACAUUAUUUUAAAACAGUAGCUAAGUAGGACUAAUCCAUUUUUUUCUUCCUUCAUAAUCUACCUCAGUAAAAAUAUUCUCUCCUUUCCCCAAAUUGUAGAUCUCAGUCUCUGCAUUACAAAAACAUAAGCAGUGGGAAAGUCAAGCCACUAAAAGUUUGCUGUAAUGCUUAUUGUAAUUUAAAUAAAGAUUUGCUUCAAAAACAUUUGGAAUGCUGACUAUUGUUUUAUUUUUCAGCCAUAGUCCUGGAAAAGAUGUUAAAUACUUAUAGAUAUUGAGGUGUGUAAACAAAGUAAACUCUUGUUCAAAUCAUUAAUUUGGUUUAGAAAAUCAGACCAAUACAGAUGUUCAGAUGAAAUCUUCCAAAUAGAUUUGCUGAAAGACACUAAUAUUGGGUAAGCACUUAUUCCAUCUUCAAGGGCUGAGAUUGAAAGGGUUCCUUAUUCACUAAAGCUCAAGAGAAUAGCCACAGAUGAUACAGUAUUGAUUAGAGGUGGAACCUGUAAACAAGUAGUCGCUAUUUUGUUUUUAAACUACUUUUCCCAUCAUUUAUUCCACAUAUUGAAAGCAGCUUAUAAAGAUUUAGUUAACAGGAUAUUCCUAUAUAUGCUUAGAGUUUUUCUUUGAAGCAAAGUCUACUGAAUUGAGUGGGACCUUCUCCAAGAUACCUUGAUACAAGAUUACAAAUAAUAGUAAAGUCAUUAUUAAGGCCACAGAAUUGUUAAAGAAUAGAUUUUUCUGUAUUGUUUGAUUAUAGAUUGUGUUUAUCAAUUUCUUAACAAAAAAUUGACCACCAAGAACCCAUCUCAGCUACUUUUCAAAUGACUUGACUUCUACAGGUAAUACAUGAAAAUUUUGGAAGAAAAGGAAGGUUGGACAAGCUGAAAGAAUGCCAACUGACUGAGUUAAUUAUCCUGUAGAAAUCAGAAAAAAUAGAGGAACUCCUAACUGCAGGCAGGGGAAAAACAUACACAUACAGGUUGAAUAUUGAUCAGACUUGGGUUUAUGAAGGGUCAUGUUAUGAGUCAUGUGGAAGAUGAUUGGCAAAGAAAAAAAUCCCAGUAGUUGGACUGACUUGAUGGAACAAUAGGCUUAGAAUUAGGGAAAGGGGUAGCUUAAAAGGAAGGAAGCAGUCGUCAAGUUAAUUUACUCAGCAGGUUUCGUAACUAUCCUAGCAGGCAAAUACCAAAAAACUGGCAGGAUUCCUAGGAUGAAUACGCCCCUUUGGGGCGUGUGUGUAUGUGUGUGUGUGUGCAUAUAUAAGCAUCCAAAGUCUGAGUAGCCUAAAUUAUACUCUUCAUUUUGUAAGACUACCACAUCUUACCUUUUUGUGUAUGAGGAAAACGAAGGAAGGAAACAAAGAAAUCAGCCGUGGUGUUAUGGGCCACCACCAGCAAAGACUAGGGAGAAGAUUGUUGCUACUGAUGCUCAUGCAAAUGAUGACAAAUGUUGAACCAAUCUAUGCUACCAGAGUCUGUGGAAAACAGGGAUAUCUAGACCGGAUUGUAGGGGGUAAAGAUUCCCGGGAUGGAGAGUGGCCUUGGCAAGUGAGCAUCAAAUUGAAUGGGGAACAUCACUGUGGUGGUUCUCUUGUCACAGAUCGAUGGAUCAUCACAGCCUCACAUUGUUUUAGUCUGAUCAACAAUCCUUCUAAUUUUACUGUACUAGUUGGAACACUGAAGCUUUCAGACCCAGGGCCUCAUUCAAUCAUAGCCUCUGUGAAGCGCAUUAUUCUCAAUCCCACCUAUGAAGGGGAUUCAAGGAUUGGAGACAUUGCCCUCAUCCAGCUGGAGCAGCGACUGCCUCUGGCCCAACAUAUCAGCCCCAUCUGUAUCCCCAAUGCCAACAUCAACUUCCUCCCAGGACAGAAGUGUUGGGUCACUGGCUGGGGGAAUAUUCGAAGUAAAGAAGGACGACAGAACUCUGAUAUACUACAAAAGCUAGAAGUUCCUAUAAUCAGCACAAAAAAAUGCAACACUCUCUACCGCCAGGACUCUAGACAGCCCAGGGCCGUAAGAGAAAUUAAAGAAGAUAUGAUAUGUGCUGGCUUUGCAGCUGGACAACGGGAUGCUUGCCAGGGUGAUUCAGGUGGCCCACUGGCCUGCCGGAUGGAAGACUUUUGGUUUAUUGCAGGAGUAGUGAGCUGGGGAGAUGGAUGUGCCCAGAAGAAUCGUCCUGGAGUUUAUGCAAGAGUGUCGUACUAUCAGCAAUGGAUCCAGAGUCAAAUACCAGAGCUCGUAGACAUGAAUAGUAAAGACCAUUGGUCAAGGGUGAAUUACAAUAGUACCAGUAACAGUGCCUCUACUGGAAGUUUCAAUUUCAUCUUCCUCUCUGCUGCCACCAUUGUUUUGCUGCUAUUAUCUCAGCAGACUCUUUAAAAAAGAGAAGCAGUUAUUUCUCCUGGGAAGAUGUUUGUGUUGAUCUUUUCUACUCUGUUUUGGAAGAAAACAGAACUUAUCAGAAAUGUCAAUAGGGAAACAAAGGAUUUCAAUUUUUUCCCUUCCUUGCUGUGAUGAAGAAUUCACUCCAGCAUACCAUCUUUGGUGCUGAUACUCAUGAAAGUGAUGGAUAUCCAAAAGCUGAGAGUAUUCUCCAUUCCAGAAAUACUAUUUGAACUAGAGGAUUGGAAUAGAGGAACCCACCAUUGGAAACUUUUCCAAUUCCUGGAACAGAUUCAGUAAUAGAUAUGGCAGCCAUUCUAUUAGCCUCUAGUUAUAUUAUGGCUCAUUUGUUUGAUUUAUAUCCGUCCAAGAACUGCAUUUCAAGCUUAGGCAACUUAAUAAAUGGUGUUGUUAUCAUCAUUGUUGUAAUUGCUAGAGGGAAGAAGAUCCAGUCUACACCCCCUACUAUAUGGGUGCUUCAGGGUUGGGUUCUCUCUCCCCUUCUAGUUAAUAUUUAUAUGAGGCCACUGGGUGAGGUGGUCCAUUGGCAUAGGGGGCAGAUAUCAUCAUUAUACAGAUGACAUCCAGCUUUAUAUCUCUACCUCAAGCUCUUUGAGUGAUGUAUGGGCAUCCUAUCUCAGUGUCUGGAAGUUUUGGGGAAAUAGAUGAGGGUUGCCAUAGCCCAGACAGAUCUGAAACAUAGUGCUCUUCCUAAACUCAAGGCUCCUGUUCAAAGAGCAGGUGGUAGCCAUGGUUAGAAGAGCUUUUGCACACCUUCAGGUUGUGUACCAGUUGCACCCAUUCCUAAACCCUGCUCACAAUUACUCAUGUCUUUGUAACCUUUUGUUUAGACUACUCCAAUGCACUCUACAUGGGGUUGUCCCAAAGAUCAUUUAGAAACUUCAACUGAUGCAGAAUAUGUUUGUGCAAGAACUAAAUGGUACCAGGUAUAAAGCAUACAUAACAUAACAUCAUUACUGUAUGAGCUGCAUUGGUUACCAGUAUUUUUCUCGGUGCAAUUGAAGGUGCUAGUUGUCACCUUUAAAGCCCUAUAUGGCUUGGAACCAGGUUAUCUGAGGGACCGCCUUUUUCAAAGGGUCUCUACCCAUCCAAUUCGAUCUAGUAGAUUGGGCAUGCUGCAUAUCCUGUCAAUCAGAAAAUGUCAGCUCAUGGGAUUAGAAGAUGGGCCUUUUCUGCAGUAGUGUCUGCCCUUGGAAGUUAGAAUUGUCCCAACCCUGUUAUUCUUUUGUAAGGCUUUAAAAACCUGGUUAUUUUCCCAAGCCUGAAUGGGAAAGGCACUGAAUGUGUUAAGGACCCCAUUUCUUGGCUUAAUUGUUAACUGGCCAAGUAUCUUAGCUGCUGCACAUAUUUAUUUUGGGUGUUUUUUAUUGUUUUUAUUGUUUUAGAAUGCUUUUAUUGUUUCAACUGUAGUAAUUUUUUUAAUUGUAAACCACCCAGAGUCAUUGACUGAGAUGGACAACUAAAUAAAUUGAAUAAAUAAAUAAAUGAAUUAAU